AUGCAGAAGAGCAUCACCUCCUUUUUCAAGAAACCGUCCCCCGCUGCCUCCAUCUCCAAGACCACCAAGCGCGCCUCGGCCCUCUCCCCGAAGGCCGCCCAAGAGCUCAAGCUUCAGACCCUCGCCCCAGACGUCAAGGCCCGCAUCGAGGCCAACCGCGCCGCUGCCCGCGCAAAGCUCCUCGCCCGUGCCAACAGUAACGCCACAUCAAAACCCGCGUUUGGCGCCUCCCUCGAACCGUCCUGGAGGAAGGCCUUGUCCAACACGCUCAACGAGCCCUUCUGGAAGUCGCUCGCCGAGUUCGUCGCUGCGGAACGUAACGCGAAAACCAUUUUCCCACCGCCUGAAAAAGUCUUUUCAGCCUUCAAUCAUUCCUCUUUUGCAAGGACGCGCGUCGUCAUCAUCGGACAGGACCCUUAUCAUGGGCCUAGGCAGGCCCAUGGCAUGUGUUUCUCCGUCCAGGACGGUGUUCGCCCGCCCCCGUCUCUCAUAAACAUCUUUGCGGAGUUAGAAAAGGAUAUUCCCGGGUUUACUCGACCCAGGAGCGGCUGUCUUGAGAAGUGGGCAAAUCAGGGUGUGCUUCUGCUUAAUUCGGUUCUCACUGUCGUGUCUAGUGAACCCAACUCACAUAAAGGAAGGGGCUGGGAGCGGUUUACCGACGCCGUUGUACAAGCGCUCAACCAUCGAAAAGGCCCUGGUAUCGUCUUCAUGCUAUGGGGUGGAUACGCGAAGAAGAAGGGCGCUUCUAUUAAUAGGAAGAAGCAUUGCGUAUUGACUUGUGUACACCCGAGCCCACUUUCCGCAAACAGAGGUGGAUGGUUUGGAAACAAACAUUUCUCUCAAGCAAAUGAAUUCCUUACCCGCACUGACCAGGAUGUCAUUGACUGGAAGCUGUAGAGACUAGCUACUCUGUAGCUUUCAAAUUAAUGGCAUGGCAAGCGCCGAUCUCCGUUGGGUUGUAAAAAAAAAGCAAUGUCCAG